AUGUUCGCGCUCAGGUCCAAGGCUCUCGCCAAGUCCACCCACACCGUGGCGAGGUGGGCGAGCACCGCAGCGGAAAAGGACAGCUACAAGGUCGUCGUCAUUGGUGCAGGUACCGGCGGUCUCAAUGUCGCCAACCAAAUUUACAACCGCUUCAAGAGCGCGGGGAAGGCUUUGAACGCGGGUGACAUUGCUAUCGUCGACGCUGCAGAAUACCACUACUACCAGAACUCAACCGCGCACAGGACACUUGUUGGCUCGGGCCUGAAGCAGAAGGAGGAGAUGCGUCGGCCUAUGUCCGACCUCAUCCCUUCGCACCUUGCCCACAUUGUUGAGAACGUCAAGACCUUCGAGCCCAAGUCCAACUCCGUCACGACUACCUCCGGCCGCAAGAUUGGGUACGAGUCUCUCGUCGUUGCUGCCGGUAUCCAGGUCAACUGGUCUGCCAUCCCCGGCCUUGAGAAGGCCCUCGCGGAUCCGAGCUCGGGUGUGUCUUCCAUCUACUCCUACAACACGGCGGACAAGACAUGGAAGGACAUCGACGCUCUCCGCUCGGGCAAGGCGAUCUUCACCCAGCCCGCAGGUGUGAUCAAGUGCGCCGGAGCUCCCCAAAAGAUCAUGUGGAUGGCCUGGGACCGCUACCAGCGCACUGGACGCGGUGACAACAUCUCCAUCGACUUCUACACCGGCAUGCCGACCAUGUUCAGCGUCAAGAAGUACUCCGACGCCCUGAACAAGAUGCGAGAGGAGCGCGGUGUCGGCGCGCAGUUCGUCCGCAAUCUGACGAGCAUCGACGCUGCGGCGCACAAGGCGACGUUCAAGACCGCAGACGGCUCCGUUGACGUCGAUUACACCCUCCUGCACGUCACUCCGCCCAUGGGCCCGCUCGAGACGCUGAAGAGCUCACCGCUCGCGGACGAGGCUGGCUGGGUCGCCGUGGACCAGGCGACGUUGCGGCACACGAACCCGGAAUAUGGGAACGUGUGGGCUCUGGGCGACUGCUCGAGCCUGCCCACGAGCAAAACUGCGGCUGCGAUCACGGCGCAGGCUCCCAUCUUGACCGAAAACCUGUUCUCGGUCGUUGACACCGGCAAAGUGACAAAGGCGGCGUAUGACGGAUACACCAGCUGCCCUCUUCUCACUGGCUACAACCAGCUCAUGCUUGCGGAGUUCAAGUAUGGCCUUGAGCCCAAGGAGUCGUUCGCGAGCUUUUUCGGCGACCAGGCCGUCCCCCGCCUGCCUUACUACUUGCUGAAGAAGGACUUGUUCCCCUACGUGUACUGGAAUUAUAUGGUUAAGGGCACAUGGUUCGGUGCAUCUGGCUGGACGCGCCCCGAUUUCUCGUAA